UUACCUAUCUGUCGCAUCUCUCCCGACAAAAAUAUCAACCACCAAAUUAAAAAAAAAUGGUUCAAUAUUUCCCCUCUAUCAAACCAGAAUUCGCUGAGUGGGCAAUUGCUCAACCGGUUUUUUUUACGGCGUCGGCGCCGAGAUGGGGGAGACAUGUUAAUGUUAGUCCGAAAGGGUUGUUGUGAGUUUGAAUUUUCUUUUGGGGGAGUCUUUCUUUCGGGUCUAGGGGAGGUGGAGAGGGAGGGAGAUGAUGGGUGUUUGUGGGAGUGGAAGAGUAAUUUUUGGGGAAUGAGGAGGAGAGCGGAAGGGGAGGGAUGGAUGAGGUGAAAUAUUUAUUUAUUAAUUAAUGAUGUGAUGAGUUUAGGGAUGCGACGUUUACGGUUUUGGGACCGAAUAGUUGUGCUUAGUGAGUUUUUUUGGUUUCUUUUUCUUUUGUUGUCUUUCCUUAUUAUUAUUAUUAUUAUUAUUAUUAUAUUAGAUGUGUUUGUUUGGAGUAGAAAGCUUUGGGAAAGGUGCUUGGGGUUUGUGAUGGGGAAUUAGGAGAUGGGAAAAGGUAUCUGUGGUUGGGAUGAUGAAUGAUUCCAGGAAUUGGAAGCGGAUGACACUUGGGAUGGUUGUGGUUUUGUCUGAGGCUUGGGAUUUAUGUUGCAGUCCUUUCAUCUUUAUUUCCGCGCGCGUUUUUCUACUUCUAUUACCUACAUAGACGUAAUGAUUUUUGGGAUGGUAGUUCUGACACUCCUUCAGUAUCGAUGCAACGGGGUCUGGUAUCGAGACAAUAAGUCAUAUAUAUGGUUCGUUGUUCACUUCUCUUCCCCCUCUCUACCUCUCUGAUAAACCUACCUAUACUCUCCCUCUUGCUCCUCCUCAUUUCCCUUCUCCAUCCUCACUAACACCAUCAAGAAAAUGGCCGCGUAACAAUAAUGUUCUGUUCCUUCACCUCCACUCCCCGCAUCAUGCGUUUCUUUUGCACAGGUCAUGUAAUUGAAUGGAACACACCUCAAUUCUCCUCUCUCUUAUCUAAGAUGGGAAAAGCAAGAGUAGAUGGUGCCAGAGCUAUUAUUUUACUGGACGUAUGGAAGGUAUGUUAUCUCUCCUCCGGCCUCAAACUCGUGAAAUUUCGCAACAUUUCCAUUAUACCAUUUGUUCUUGACUUCAAGAAGAAGCAACUCGAUUAGCAGAAGAAAAUAAAAGGAAACAACCAUGACAAUAAAUUAACAAACCUCCCCUACAGGUCCAAACAUCCUGUGGCUACGGCGUCCCCACCCACACACCCCUCAGCACACAAAUAGAAAAUCCCUCCCAAGGACCCUGGACCAGCCGUCAAACCCUCGGUCAUUGGGCUAGUCAAAAAGUAGCGAAGUCGGAAAUGCAAGAUUAUCAAGUUCUUAACAAUAGUUAUUCGCUCGAUGCACUUCCGGGGUUGAAAAGUGCGAGGAAUCAGAGGUUUGGAGGGAAUGUGGUGAGGGUGAGAGGUGACGAGCUGGUGUUUUGGGGAAGGGAUUGUGAGGGGGUGGAUGGGUUUGGUGAUGGGAUUGUUGAUGGGGUUUUGGUGGGGGUUUGGAUGAGUGGUCUUUGGGGAGGGACUGGGUUUGGGUUUGGGUUUGGGUUUGAGAUGUGGUUAGUAGGAUUGGAGGGGUCAGAAUAUGACGGGGAGGAAUCAUGUGAAUGUUGAGCUGUGAGAGAGGGAGGGAGGUAAUUUAGUAUUAUUGCCCUACCAGUCCUUCUACUAUCCCCAUCUUUUCCAAUAAUCAAGAGUCAAGAGUCAAGAGUACCUCGAUACCACGUGCACCAUACCCAAUACCCAAUUCCCAAAUCGUAAAAGAAGUACACACACAUAUACCUAGGAGUAAUCACUAAACC